AUGACUACGGUGAUCGACUCACUGAAGCACCCCAAAAGAGAUGGAGGGCGAAUCUUGGACGCCGCAUCCUCAGAGACUGAACGUCGCAAGGAGGCGUCGUGGUACUUCUAUCUAUCGGAGAUCUCCUUGCUACGACUGAGGCGACGCAUGGCCAACGAGAUCAAGAAUUUCGAGCCGGGAAACAACAGCGUUUCGCUCCCAAACCUUGCAACAAUGAUCAACGAGCACGAGCAACAAGUUCUUGCUUGGGUACAUGCAUUACCGCAGAGUAUGUCAUUAGAAGCGCCUCCUGAAGAAGAUGAGGUGUGUCGCUUUGUCCUAAGAGGGCAUUUGAUCAAUGUUUAUGAGAUGCUUUACUGGCCUUUCCCGGACUGUGGCUAUACACAAUCCGCUUACUCACGAUCCCACACAACCGUUAUUGAGUUUGCAACAAAAGGACUGCAGAAGCAUGUGGAUCGAAUCAUUACUAAUCGUCCUGGAUUUCAACACCGACACCAUGGUACUUUUGGAAUGAUUGUCAGUUGUACGCGAAGCGCACUCAUCUUGCUUGCGGCAGGCCAAGCAUUCGCAAGCGCGGCCGCUGCCUCUAGGCAAGUGCCGUGCUCAAUGCCGAUAGGAUGGGAAGCUGCUGUUCAGGAGGUCGUUCAGUUGAACGCCUCAUGGGAGUAUGAAGCGCCCGACUUAUCUCGCAUGGUGCUGAUAUUGAACGACUUGUGGUAUCACUGGACACGAGCAUCACAGCAUCAGCUUGCCUGA